AUCCCGAGCGGCGGAGUCAGUCUGAAACGGCACCUCGGACAGUUCGGUCGCGCGCGAACUGGGAGCGCAGGAAACGCCGUGUGCGCGCUCGUCUUCUGCGCCGUUUAGCGACUCGACUUCUCCGGGAGUCCGCGGAAUAAGUGAAGCCACGACGGGACGCCGGGAUGCCCGGGAUAAGUGAUUUCACGUUGGCAACAGUCGUUGUGCUGCUGCCGUGUGUGCUGUCCUUCAACGUGGACCAGAAAAAUGGAAUGUCCUUCGAAGGCCCCCUGGAGGACAUGUUUGGCUACACUGUCCAGCAGUUUGAGAACAACGAGGGGAAAUGGGUCCUGAUUGGAUCGCCGCUGUCGGGCCAGCCGGCCAAACGGACAGGAGACGUCUACAAGUGUCCCGUGGGACGGGGGAACAACACCUGUGUCAAACUGGAGCUGCCUAAAAACACAACGGUUCCCAACUUACACGAAGUCAAGGAGAACAUGACCAUGGGAACCACGCUGGUGACCAAUCCCAACGGAGGAUUUCUGGCCUGCGGUCCUCAGUACGGCUACAUGUGCGGGCAGCAGCAGUACAUCUCAGGGGUUUGUGCGAAUGUCAGCGAAUCCUUCCAGAUCCUCAACUCCGUGGCACCGGCCGUGCAAGAGUGUCCGAAAGAACUGGACAUUGUGAUCGUUCUGGAUGGAUCCAACAGCAUCUACCCGUGGAGCAGCAUCAUCGACUUUCUGCGGCGUUUCAUCGAGAACAUUCAGAUCGGACCUAAACUCUCACAGGUGGGGAUUGUGUCCUAUGGCUUGAAUGUGACUCACCGGGUCAACCUGAGCCAGUUCGACAACACCCGAGAUCUGCUGAACUUUGUAGAAGAACUUCCUCAGCAGACCGGCUACAAGACCAUGACAUUCCUGGGCAUCGAUACUGCCAGGAAAGAGGCCUUCCUGCCGGAGCGCGGUGCUCGUCCCGGGGUGAAGAAAGUCAUGGUGAUUGUGACUGACGGGGAGUCACAUGACAGUCACAAUCUGAAGAAGGUCAUCAAAGAGUGUGAGGAAGAUGACAUCGAGAGGUUUGGCAUUGCUGUUUUAGGAGACUACAAUCGUCAGAAUAAAGGCUCAGAAGAAGUGCAGAAGUUUAUUAAGGAGAUCGAGUCCAUCUCCAGUGAGCCGUUGCACGACCACUUCUUCAACGUGUCGGACGAGGUGGCGCUGUUGACCAUCGUGGAUGCUUUGGGAAGCAAGAUUUUUGCUUUGGAAGCGACAACCGGCAAUUUCACCUCUUCCUUUGAGAUGGAGAUGUCCCAAGCUGGCUUCAGUGCACACACUUCCAAAGACGGCCUGUUACUGGGAGCAGUGGGAGCCUAUGACUGGAACGGGACAGUGAUCAUGCACACUGCUGGAGGAACCAUUGUUCCGGGGAAGACCGCGUUCUACGACCCGGAGACUGAGGCCGGGUACGAAGGCCUCUCUGGGUACCUCGGCUACGAUGUCCAGUCAGCAUCCACGCAGGACGGAGUGCUGUACAUCUCCGGUGCGCCGCGGUACAACCACACGGGCCGGGUGGUCGUCUACCGCCUGGAUGCAGAGAACCACGUCGUCGUCUCACAGAUACUGAAAGGACAACAGAUCGGUUCCUACUUUGGCAGCGUGCUGCAGACUGUCGACGUGGAUGGAGAUUCCUCCACGGAUCUCCUCUUGGUCGGAGCUCCGAUGUAUAUGGGCACGGAAAGAGACGAGCAGGGACAAGUCUACGUCUACGAGCUCGACCAGGGCGGCCAGUUUCACCACACUUUCACUUUGAAGCCUGUCAAUCAGUCCUGUUGCACUGCCCACUCAGCCAGCUGCACCAAUAAGAAUGAACCGUGCGGCGCCCGCUUCGGUACGGCCAUCGCCGCAGUGUCAGACCUCAACCUCGACGGGUUCAACGACGUGGCCAUCGGCGCGCCCUUUGAGAACGACCACCGAGGGGCCGUCUACAUCUACCAUGGAGAUAAGAAGUCCCUGAAAGAGAAGUUUGUGCAGCAUAUCCCUGCAGGUGGGGACGGUGAAAAGAUGAAAUUCUUUGGCCAGUCCAUACAUGGAGUCAUGGAUCUAAAUGGAGAUGGAAUCACCGAUGUCACCAUAGGAGGUCUGGGAGGGGCUUCGCUAUUCUGGUCCAGAGACGUUGCGGCGCUCCGCGCCAACAUGACUUUCGACCCCGUCAAGAUCAACCUGCAGAAGACUCAGUGUGUGCACGCUGGACGCGCGUCAGUGUGUGUGCAAAUGACGGUGUGUUUUGACUACAGCAUCAAGUCUAACAACCAGGACGAAAAGCCUGCCGCCGUGAUCCGCUACAAUCUCACUCUGGAUGCCCUGCGUGCCAAAGCCAGGGCUUCAUUUAAGGCCUCAGAUGAUAAAAGCGAUCGCAGGAUCACCGGGAGCCUCAGCAUCACAGACAAAGAGAGGAAGUGUGUGCAAGAAACCUUCGUGAUGUCGCCCCGGCUGGACUUCAGGGAACCUCUCAUGGUGUCUUUGGAGUUCGGACUGGCCGAUGAAGAUAAAGGCCCCGUCCUGGAUGAAAACCUUCCCAGAUCCAUCAAUGAGACGAUUCCUCUGGUGGACUGUGGAAUCGACGAGAGGUGCAUCGCUGACCUCUCUCUCAAAGCAGAGCCCAGUGUCAAAAGGAUGCUGAUCAGAGGCAACAAAGACGAAAUCGUGGUGAAGGUGAACAUUAGAAACAGCAAAGACAAUGCGUACAACACCAAAGUCACCCUCAGCUUCACGCCACACAUCAACUAUGCCAAAGUGGAGCCGGAGACGUUAUGCACUCUGAACAACACAAAAGUGGAGUGUGCUGUUGGAUACCCCUUCCUGGGAAGUAAUGUAGAGGAACAUUUCCAAGUGAGAUUUGAUGUAAAUCCCAAUCACAUCCAGGAGGUUAUUCAGAUCAAUGUGACGGCUACAAGUGACAGCGAAGAGCUGACUUCCACGCAGCACGACAACGCGGUGCAGAUCUCCAUCCCUGUGAAGUACGAGGCCGGACUCAUAUUCUCAGUGCGGCCCGCGGACGAACACAUCGUAGUGAAAGAGGGCGAGCAGUAUGCGACUGAAAUCAACGACACCGGCGCGAUCGGAGAGGAGGUCAACAUCAGCUACACGGUGGAGAAGUCAGCCGAUCGGGCGUCUCCACCCGUCCGGCUCACUGUGACGUACCCUCGCCUGUCGCCCCGGCAGAACAACUUGCUGUACCUGACGCACGUCACCGCCAGCCCGCACGUGAAAUGUGACGCCGCACGUUGGAUCAACCCCCUCAAUAUCAACCCCAAGGUUAUCAGUCCAAAUCCAAAGAAAGAGACUCUGAGUGUCUUCCUGCUGAGCUGUGAGAACCUCCAGUGCGCGUCGUUCAGCUGCUCCAUCCCUGAGGCGGCCAGCAGCCAGGUCAACGUUACGUUCCGCUUGUGGAAACCCACGUUCAUCCAGGGCGAGUUCUCCAACCUGCACAUGCUGGUGAACGCCACGCUGAGGAUCGAAGGCACCAGCCUGUUUGAACUGACCAGCGACAGUAAGAGCCGGACAAUGAAGAUCCAGGUUUCGAAGGAGACCUUAGGAGGAAUCCCCAUUUGGAUCAUCAUCAUCAGCAUCCUCAUAGGACUGCUGAUCUUGGCGCUGGUCAUCUUCGCUCUCUGGAAGAUGGGCUUCUUCAAGAGAAAAACCAGGGACUUCUCAAAGGAGGACAUGAUGGACUGAGACACGCGGACAUCCAGCAGCUCUGUGACCGACUGCUUUUCCUAGAGCCGCCCGGUCGCAGAGGAAGCUACGGGCGGACUUUUAAAAACACAGUGGAAACAAACGGAGGAGAGGCCACGGGACCUGUGGAGGACCAUCAACUGUCAGGCGUCCGUUGGCAAGGUAGCAUACAUCUGUAUCACAUACAGCAGGUUUUUCUAAAACAGCUGCACCAAAGCUUUAGAUGAAAAUAGUACUCAGGUUUUUUGUGUAUGAAGAUCCAACGUCACCCAGGCAACCGAGCGCCGUGUCAUUGCUCCUGCGGCGACGAUGUCCAAAGGUCUGUCCGCUUGUACAGUGUGUGAGCCUUCAUGUGCUGCAGCAGCCCGUCUGAUGGCUUUAUCAAACACUGUGCCGUUCAGCGUUUUAUAGCGUUUUGUUUUGUUUGCGCACCAGAUUUAUUCAAAGCAAAAGUAUUUGCUUGGUAGUUUAUUUUUUUUAGACUGGUUAUGAAUCCAAAAUCGAACCCGAGUCCCAAGAUGUUAAAUGUGUGUAGUCGCCGUGGGUUACUGAGAGACAAAAGCGGCGCCUUCAAAAACCCAAAGUUUGAUUGUUAUGUAAAUAUGAGUAGAGGCCCAAAAAUGUAAAGCUCAUAAAUGUACAUAAUUGUGUUUGCUAUAAUUCAUGUAAUUUAAGAGAUGUCAUCCAAAAAGCGUUUUCUGUGUGAUCAAUGGUCGGAGAAGAGGAUUUUGCUCAGGUGCUACAACUCUCAUGAAUGAAUGAAUUAAUGUCUGAUGAAUAAAAAAAAGUGACCUGGCCCAUCUCACAAAUUAAAAAGAAAAAACUGAUGCAAAUAUGUAAAUAUUGUUCUAUUUUGGUGAUAAAAAUGAUAGUAUAAUUAUUCUGUUCCGAAGACAAGGGUUUGUAUCCACUACUUUUACUUGAUUGAAAGCCUGAUGAAUGGCCGUGUCGCCCCACAUGUGGUACACCGUACAUUACAAAAGUUAUUCUUUCAGGUUUUCUCUCUCGUUUUUGUUCCCAAAAAGUGGCACAGCUACACAAAGCGUUCAAAUAAAUGAUAUUGUAUUUUGGUCAGACUGGGAUUCUCCCUCCCUGUCAUGUAAAAUGCAGACGAGAGAGGGAGAAAAGGAAGCUUUUUUCAUAUAAAAUACUAUUCAGCUCGCACACACCACUGUUGAGAUGAAGCACAUGUAAUAAAUUGUAUGUACAGAAUGUGUUAUGUUGUUUGGCUGCAUCAGGCUUAUGCACGAGGGCGGAACCACGAGUCUCCCUUUGUCCCCUGGAGGUGAUCUGGGAUUGUUUUCACACCCUACACCUCCAUUAACUUCUGAGAAGGAGUGGAGGACAAAGCGAGAGUUGAGAGCUCCACCCGAGCCUCCUACACUGCUGUGAAGUCUUCAUUGUAAUGCACUGGUUUGUCAGACCGAACGCGUCCUCAUCAGCACAGAAGUGAAAUGAAUCUGAAUUAAAAAAAAAAUGCUUUUUACGAGAAAAAAAAA